GACUGAUGCGGUUCUUGACUUUUAUGGGCCGUGCGGAAAUAUUUGUCAAGCCACGCUUAGGGUAGGGUUUUUCUGGGUGCUAUUACAUUCUCCUGUCAUACUCUUAAUUUACUCUUUGAUUUGAUUUCCGCCAUUGACGAGAACAACAAUCUGCAACUUCGAGGAUAAGAGAAGAUUUGCAUCAAUUUACAAUAUGUCUAGUGAGGAGGCUCCUGUUGUUUCUGAGGCCCCAGCUCCAUUGGGGGAGACCAUGGACCUGAUGACCGCCCUUCAACUUGUGCUUAAGAAGUCUCUUGCACACGGUGGCCUUGCUCGUGGGCUUCAUGAAGGUGCCAAGAUUAUUGAGAAGCAUGCUGCUCAGCUUUGCUUGUUGGCAGAGGAUUGUGACCAGCCCGACUAUGUCAAAUUAGUCAAGGCUCUCUGUGCUGAGCACAAUGUCAAUCUGCUUACUGUUCCAAGUGCCAAAACCUUGGGCGAGUGGGCUGGUUUAUGCAAAAUUGAUUCAGAGGGGAAAGCAAGAAAAGUUGUUGGAUGCUCCUGUGUGGUGAUCAAGGACUACGGGGAGGACACAGAAGGGCUCCAUGUUGUUCUGCAACACAUCAAGUCUCACUAAACUAGUAAUGAGAUUCCUAUCUUGAGUAGGCUCAGUUUUAGGUUUUCUUCUUUGUGCACGUUGAUGAAUUUUGUGUUUUUGGAGCUUCAUCCAAGAUGAAACUAAAUGACAUUUUGUCAGUUAUUAUUCUUGUUCAUUAUUAUAAUUUGAAUGACCA